AUGUCCCGUAACCCUGCCUCAUCCUCCUUCCAAUUCUCCUCUACUCCUGUCCCAUCCUUUGUCCGCAUCCGCCGUAUGGACGGCUCCCCCCUUUCCGACCUUUCCCCCUGGGCGGUGGGGGACGCACUCUCGUCGGCGAUCGGGCGCUGUCCCCGUGCCCGGCCGCUGCGAGGGGGCGACCUCCUCGUCGCCUGCGAGGCGUCGGAGAAACGAGUUUUGCUCGGUCUCCGGCGAAUCGCCGGUGCUGAGGUGAAGGUGUGGGCUCCGCCCCACCUGAACCAAAGCCAGGGGUCCAUCUACGCUCCAUCCCUCCAGCACCUAUCCUUGUCCGAACUGGAGGAGGGCUUCUCCCGGGUGGGCGUUACCGCCGUGUAUCGCCCGCCCCGCUCUCCAAAAGUUCUUAUCCUAACCUUCUCCACCGCUGAACCUCCCCCCUACAUCCUGGCCGCCUACCUAUCCUUCCCCGUCCGUGCAGUCCCUCCUAAACCUCUCCGCUGCCGGCGGUGCCAGCGCUAUGGACACCGCCAGCAGCACUGCCGAUCCGACUCCCCCACGUGCUCCAACUGCGCCGAGGCGGGGCACGAAUCCUCCCAGUGUCCUGCCGAAGAUCCUCUGUGCGCAGGCUGUGGCGGCGCCCACACCGCGAACGACCCAUCCUGUCCCCGCUGGAUCUCUGAGACCCAGGUCACCCUCCUCAUCCGUAGGGGCUGGAACCCCCGCGACGCUCGCGCGUACGUGGAUUCCCACCCCUCAUCCAAUCCUGUUCCUCCCCCUUCGACCUCAGUCAGACCCUCCCACCCUCCUCCGCUGACUGAGGCGGAGUACCCUCAUCUCCCUAAGUCCCACUCCUCCUCUGGCCGGUCCCCUGCACCUCCUCCCUCUCACUACCGCCCAACCCCUCCUCCCCGACCGGCCAGCGUGCAGAGCGGUGCUGCCCGCUCCGCGCAGCGGCUUGAGGUGGCCGCCCAGACCCCACCCGGGGUCUCUGACCGGGACCCGCGACGACGCCCGGCCAACCCACCACCGUCUGAGGAACCGACUCCCAGGCCGGGCGCCAGUGUGGGAACCGAACCCGAACCUGUGCCCAAGAACCGACCGCCACCACCACCUCGGUCCUCGGACGAGUCUAACGACUCAUCCCAGUCGGCCUCGACCUCAAACUCCACCAGUCCCACCUCGCCACCGAAGACCCGCCGCACACGCCUCCAGUCGGCUCCCUCCGACUUUCACUUCACACUCCGACACAAACAGUAAACACAGUACACAGCAGUAAUGCCUCACCACUCCACCACACAUAGCACACCCACCCACAACAAAAACAUAACACUCUUGCAGUGGAAUGUGAGGGGAGUCCCUGAAAAUUGGUCCGAACUAAAACAAGCAUUAAUUUCUUCUUCAAAAUCGAUCAUUUGCCUUCAAGAGUCUCAUUUAAAACCAUCUGAUCCGUAUAAUUUCGAAAUUGCAACCUAUUCUCUCAUUCGGAAAGAUGCACUUUUUCAACCUCUCAAAAGAAGAGGAGGUGUAUGCACAUACAUUAAAAGUAAUAUAGCCUUCCGAGAAAUCCAAAUCACUACAACUUUUGACAUCCAAGCAUUCGAAAUCAGCACCAAUCAAAAUUUUCUAACCGUUAUAAACACUUACGCCCCGCCGGACAUUAAUUUUUCAGAAUUUAUCCAAGACUUAGAAACCCUAGUAACCUCUCUGACAUCCCCUUUUAUUUUAUGUGGAGACUUUAACGCCCACCACCCACUAUGGGAUAGAAGUAGAAGACUUCCGGACUCCAAAGGCAAAAUUCUGUUAGAACUCGUAGAUAACCUUCAGCUAGUCAUCAACAAUGACGGCUCCCCUACACUCCCUGCAAGAACCACAACACACUCUGACACCACACCAGAUAUCACAGCCACCUCAUCAACACUCGCACUUUCAACAACAUGGGAAACUUCACCAGACCCUUACUUCAGCGACCACUUACCAAUCCAUAUCACACUAGGACACACUACCACACAACACCGUUCUUACACACGAUUUAACCUUAAAAAAGCAGACUGGUAUUCCUUUACAAACACCCUAGAAAACGUGAUUGAAAGACAACCCACACCCGAACAAUUCAUUGAAAGUAUUACAGAAACAGCAAAACUACACAUACCACAAACAAAACCAAACAACAAUGCCAAACCAAAAUCUGUACCAUGGUGGAACUACGAUUGCCAACGAGCUAUAACGUUCAGGAACACGGCUAGACACAGAUAUGAAAAAUCUCGCUCUGAAGAAGAUUUUAUUAAUUACAAAAAAGCAAAAGCAAGAUGUAGAAAAGUAAUCAAACAAGCCAAAAGAACAUCUUUCGAAGAGCUCGCAAACUCCUUUAACAGAUUCACUCCUCUCUCUAAAAUUUGGGGCAUACUUAAAGCAUUUAAAGGACUGAAAACCUCAACACAAAAAGCGACAUACAUUAUCCAUAAUAACAACACAUUUACAAACCCACAAGAAAUUUCAGAACAAUUUUCAAAUUUUUAUAGAUCAAUAUCCUCGAGCAUCCCCCCUCCAUUACCCUUAAUUAUCCCAGAAGAAACCACCACCGAAGUUUAUAACCUCCCAUUUACUGUAUACGAAUUAGAUAACGCCAUCAACAGAACCGGAAACUCAUGUCCUGGCCCAGAUCAAAUUCACUAUCACCUAUUUAAGAACCUGGGACAAACCGCUAAAUUAGCUCUCCUCUACUCAUUAAACUACGCCUUUUCCUCGCACUCCUAUCCUGAAAACUGGUUCCACGCCCAUAUCAUUCCUAUAAACAAACCAAACAAGGACCCCACCAAACUAAGUAGCUACCGACCUAUCUCCCUCACAAACACCAUUCACAAAAUUUUUGAACGGAUUAUUAAAAACAGACUCCUCUAUAUUAUUGAAAAACAAAACCUCAUAUCCCCAAAUCAGUGUGGUUUUCUACCCGGCAGAUCAACUUUCGAUAAUUUAGUCAAAAUAACAGCCGAUAUCAGAAAUGCCUUCCACUCCAAACAAUAUACAGCAGCACUCUUUCUUGACCUAAAAAAUGCCUAUGAUACCCUUAAUAUCCAGCCUCUCCUUGACUACCUUAAAAACAAAAUCAACGGACACCUUCUCCAUUAUCUUAAUACAUACCUAACAAAGAGAUCCUUCCAAGUUAAAUUCCUCAACCAUAUAUCCGAUCCCAAAACUCCAACUUCCGGACUCAUGCAAGGCUCCGUUCUCAGCCCUAUCCUCUUUAUCCUGGCCUUAAACAUUACUGUCAAAUCCGUUCCUGCCCCAUCCAAAAUUGCAAUAUACGCCGACGACAUAGCUAUCUGGUCCUCACAUAAAAGUUCCAACACAGCACUUAGUAACCUAGAACGUGCCCUAAAAACUGUACAGAACAACCUCCGACCUCUCAAUCUCCAUAUAUCAUCCGAAAAAACUCAAUGCGUAAUAUUUGGCAGCAGAAAACCAAUUAAUCCAUUGCCCCUCCAAAUUGACAAUAGCAAUAUCGAAAUUCGAAACGACGCAAAAUUUUUAGGAAUCAUAUUAGAUCGAGGACUCACUUUCAGAUUACACAUUGAACAAAUUUCAACUAGAGCAAGAAAACGGAUCAAUAUUCUCAAAGCACUCUCUGGUACAGAUUUUGGCGGCGACCGGAAAACCUUACUUAACAUUUAUAAAUCCAUCAUUAGACCGAUCCUCGAGUACGCAUCUAUCAUAUUUGAAAAUAUAGCUAAAACACACUUGCAGAAAUUAGACGUUAUCCAAAACACAUGCCUACGAAUUAUUACAUCCGCCUAUCGAACCACCCCAACUCAAGCCCUCCAUAUUUACAACAACAUUUCAACUCUCACCGAUAGACGUACCGAAUCACUACUCAGAUACUUCCACAAAAUUCAAAAAACAAAUAAUCACCCCUGCAUCCCAUAUAUAAAAUACAGAUCACACCGUAGAUACACAAACAACAUACAUCAGAAAACAUCAUACGGCAGCAGAAUCACUACACUAACAGACACAGUCAACAUAACACUACACUCACCACCACACACGAACACACCGGUGGCGUGGUGGGCCUCCAAAAGUCCGCAAGUUAUCCUUCUCAUCGACCAACCAAAACAUAUGUACACCAACAUCGAAAUUCAGGCACUUCACCACCAAAUUAUCUCCGAACAUCUAGAAUAUACUUUCUUCUAUACUGACGGAUCAAAGAACGCACAGGAAAACAAAACAGCGGCAGCGGUGGUGAGUCGGUUUAAACAGGAGCAAACCACGAUUCUCAAAACAAGGCUGCCAGGAUGGGCGUCCAUUUUCUCCGCAGAACUGUACGCCAUCCUGGCGGCCUAUGCCCAAAUAAAGCUAAAAAACAUCUCUAAAUCUAUGAUUCUGUCAGACUCCCUUUCGGCUAUUACUUCUAUUCACGAAAAACAUUUAAACAGUCAUCCCCUUAUCAAAGAAAUUAUCAAAUUACAAAGCCAAAUCGUAUGCCCCCCAAAAUUAGUAUGGAUCCCCUCCCACACCGGCAUUCAUCUAAAUGAGAAGGCUGACGAACUCGCUAAAGAUGCCUUAAAUCAAACCAAUAUUGGCAAAAUCCCCUACUCAUCUCAAGACUUCCUUUCCCUUCUCAAAAAUAAACUAAACAUAAAAUGUCAAUUAGAAUGGGAUAAGUCCAAGUGUUUCCUGAGAAAAAUUCAACCAGAAAUAGCAGUAAAAACAAAAAAUCAGAAUUCAAAAUUACAGGAAAUGUGUUUAGCCCGCCUCCGCCUAGGACAUUCAUAUCUCACUCAUUCCUACCUCCUUCUUAAAUCAGAUCCCCCAAACUGCUCAACCUGUAACUCGCUAAUCACGGUUAAACAUAUAUUAAUCGAAUGCCAAAACUACAACCAACAGCGACAAGA